AUUCCAGUUUGAACGGAUAAAUCCAUUCGAAAGUAUUGAACUUUUUUUCGGUCUCACCAAGACCUAUUUCAUAUCUCACGGAUGCAUAAGGAUAUUCAUCCUAUUUUUAACUGACAAUCAUAUUUUAUGAGUUUAUUUCAAAUUUAGCUGCACCCUCAUCUAUUCAACCAGUUACCUCAAGUACUACUACAUUAAUGGAUGAAUUAAUGGCAGGUACAAGACGAAACAAUAAAAAACAUCAUAGUAGUCAUUCAAAUUCAAGAGAAUCUCAAACACUUGAUUUAUUAGAAAGAUUUCGUGUAAAAGUUCAUACUGCUAAAGAUGAACAAAUUAGUGAAUCUUUAAAUGAAACACAAUCAGAACAAAUAGCUGAUAAAGUUCAAACAUCAUUUUUAAAACAUACUUUUGUAUCUCAAGAAUUAUUAGAUAAUGUUCAAGAUAUUUAUACGAAUACUGAAUUAUUAACUAUUAAUGAUCCAAGAAAUCCAAUGACUAAACGACGACGAGAUGAAAGUAGUAUGUUACUUCAUCAAAAAAAAAACAUAAAGGACGUACAUAAAACAAUGUUGUUGUGUUGUUCAUCUGUGCAUUAUGUAAUUUCUUUUGUUGAUGAUAUAAAAUAA